UAUCAAUCUGCACUUUAGCCUGCCAUGUUUGAAUCUGAGCUGAUACAUUUCUGGAAUAUCUUCAGCUGUCUUCACUGUUCUACACAAUUUAUUAAAUUCAGCACAUUUUGUAAUAAUAAAUAUUUUGUGAUAUCUGCUCAGUUCAUUGUCCACAUGUACUUAUAAAAGCACAUCUUUAUGGCAGCAAAUCUGUGUUAAUGUUUUAAAACAAUUAUUAAAUUUCUCAGUAAGGUUACCAGCAUUCAAUCAAUACUCUUUCAAGCUCUAUAUUCAAGAACGGUGGUGGCUUCACAGUUAUUGAUCAAACUCACUCAAGGCUACCAGCAGACUAACCAGAACUCAGUUUUCUUUUCAGUGUAUAUUGUGACAGACAAUGGAAGGAAGUCCAGGUCAAAACAUAAAUGAAGAUGGAGGAUAUAAAUCAGGAGAUCUGUCUGAUGGAGAAACACCUGCAACAAAAGCAAGUGAAAUUGAUGAGAAGUUGGAAGAAGUUGCACAAAUAAAAAUGUUCACAAGACUGAAAGAAGACAUAUUUCAACUGAGUGUGAGAGGAGACAUACCAGUACAACGUAGAUCAAAUAUCAAAGAAAUUGAAGAAAAAGCUACUAUGGAGAUGAAUGUUAAAGGGACAGCAUUUGGAAAAUAUGAUCUUGUUUUGCAGAAGACUCAGCAGGAACAAUUGGAUAAAUGCAAAGAAGCUCUGAGAAUGUUUCCUUACUUUGGUACCUGGAGUGAUGCCACCGUGAUGGAGUGCUGUGCCCUCUCAAAGAUUGAGAGAUAUGAGCUGGACCAGACCAUACUUGGUGAUGGUAAAGGUAAACAGAACUUCGUGUACUUCAUAUUAAAAGGUCAAUGCCAAAUGAUACAACACCUGGAAUUAGCUGUGCGUGAAAUAAAUAGGCAUAAGUAUUUCCGUCUGCACUCUGAAGAAGUUUCAAUGAGACCUAAUGAGCAUUUAGAGUCAUACUUAAUGCAAGUGUGUCUCAUGAAUAAAGGAGAAUGUUUUGACAUAGGAGAAAACCUGAAGGACAGAAGUAUAAUUGCUACAACUGAAGUGGAAUGCCUAUUAUGUCCAUAUCAUUGGCUUAUGAAACACAGCAAAGCUAAUAUAUGGCAGAAGAUUAAGCAUUUUCUUGAUACACAUCUCCCAACUAAAAAGCAGUUAUUCAAAGAAUUUCUGACUCAGCGAAGAUGGCUUGACUAUCAAGAGAAACUAGUUAAAGAUAUACUCAGAAAGAUUAAUAUUCAAAGUGAUACAACAAUCCAUGAUGUCCCAUAUUCCAUCAGACUUAAGGAAGGUGUGAAAUUAUACAAUAAAUGAGCAACUAGUACCACUUUUGAAAUAUUACUCUGAAGACAAAAAUUAGUAUUCAUUCAAUGCAAUUUACAGAGCUACUUCUGCCAGUUGUUAUUAGUACAUAACACACAGUGCUACAAGCAUUUUUUACUUACAUUCUCAGUAUUCAUUAUUUAACAACACAUGCCGUUAUGUAAUUUUCAGGUAGCAGAUGGAUGUUAUAACAACAUAAUAUGUUGUAUACUAUUACAGUUUAUAAAUGUCUUAAAUGUGAUUGUACUUAUUAAAUAUAUAAUUUUAAUAAUUAAUGUACAUUUUAUGCGGAAAAAAUAAGUUAAUCAAUUAAUCUGAAAUGAAUAUGCCUAUGCUGAGUUUGUGACACAUUUAUCAAUUAAAUCUCUUUUGUCUGUUAUAAAAAUAUUAAAUGGAAAAUUCUACCUUAAUGUAAUGUGGUUACUAAAACAAACAUAAGUCAUUUCAUUGCUUUUCAUUUUCUACAUACUCAGAAAAUCCAGCAGUUUAAAUUCAUGAAACCAUUAAGGCUCUUUCUUUUUCUAACUUAAAAUACCUCACCAGGAAAAAAUUUACUAACUUCAGCCUUAUAAAUAUCAAUCUCAACUUCAUAACGAACUGAAAUAUGAUUUUCUAAAGCUGCACUGAGUUUACUGACGACUGCCUAUGAAAUCCAUCUGUCAGAAAAUACUGCAUGAUUCGCUUGGAAAACCUAACAACAAGAGACCACUUGUGAGACCUAGGCACAGAUGGGAUGAUAACGUUAAAAUGGACCUGGUAUUCAUUACCCAGUUAGAAAUCACUUUCCUGUAUUCAUUUUAUCUUGGAGUCUUUGGAGUUUUCUAUUCAACACCUUAGUGUUUUGUUUUGGAAGGUCCAAGUCCCCGUACCAGUCACUAUUGUCUACAAAUGGUCAGGUUCUCUCCGAUUACACUCCAUUCCUUUCCUAUGUAUGUUUCUGAGAAUCAACCACUGUCACCUCCCAACAAGCAAGAUAGUCAAGCAUAGUAUAUCUGAUCUGUAUUCAGCAAAUGUUUGGUUAGAAACUCUGUCAGAACACCAACUAUCAUGACUGAGGUAUUCUGUGUUUUUCUCAGUCCCUUAAACCAAAUGCAAUUAUAGUACUUUAAAUUAGGUUACAACCACUGCUUUCCAAUUCAUUCUGCAUCUUUUCCAGCUCACAGUUCAUACAUCAUUCUAUUUUUUGAUACUCUAUAAUAUGGGCUACUACAGAACUGUUAAAUAAACCAUGAACAAAAUGCAACACAUUUGCAGACAGAACACUUUUUAAAAAACAAAACUAAAACCAAAUGACUGUUUGACAUAAAACAGCUAAAAUAACGCAGCCAUGUACUGUAUUUAAGCAUCCUGUUGCAUUUAUAUACUCUUCAUUCACACAUGUAGUGGAAAGAGAAGGAAAUAAUAAAUGGGUUGCACUGUGGAUGGAAGUAUAGUGUGUGAAUGAAAUGCAGUCAUGUGUUUCACUGUUGGCCAAUUCAUCUGUUGCUCAAAAUAUCAAUCCAGUUGUCAGACCUCAUAUAUCCACAUGACAUUUGAGGUUCUCAGUUAAUAGGUAUUGAUAUAACUCUACAUGACCAUCCUGUAAUGAAUACAAUGAUUAUUAUCUUGAAGCAGAAUCAGCUUCCAAGUAAAUGCAAGAAGUCUCCAGCUGUCAAUACAAUACAGACAUUAUUUUUACAACUUACUUCAGUAGGAACAUAUUCUAACUGACCUGGAAAUUAAGAACAUAAAUUACUUUGAGACAAGCUAUUUAGAAUUUUAGGAGUACAUUUGGAAACUGAAUAAAUAUCUGUAUUUUUGGUUAAAAUCCAGUACUGUAAGACAGAGCUGUAUAAUCUGAAUGUGUUAUGAGACAGUCUGAAACCCUAUAAAAUUAUAAUGCAGCACAAGCACAUAAACUAGAGUAACUGAUAAUUUUGUUUCUUGCAAUAGAGCUUUAUUAGUAAUAUAACAGUUGAAGAUGGACUUCUGGUAUGUGAUGCCAUGUAAUUUGGUAGAUAAGUAUCAAUAUUUCAGAUCCUGAAGACAGAGACAGAAGAUUUCUUUGAGAUGUUGAUACUUAUCUAUCAUGCCAUAUGGCAUCACAUCCCAGAUAACAACCUUCAUGAUCACCACCACUGGACCCUCAAAUCUCACAACAUUACUGUUGGUUCAUCACUUGACAUUCCAUACGUAUUGACUAGACCAUGAAUUCAUGUAAACAUCAUGUUUCUUUGUAAUUUUUAACACAGAAAGAAAUAUAUAACAUAACACCUGUAGAUAUAUUAAUAUUCUCUUGAUGUACCUAAUUUUAUGAAUUUAGCUAUAAAGAUUCAUCAGUUAACAUCAAGUCACAAGAGAAAAUCUGUUUCAAAGUGUUAAAAUAUUGUGAGUUUCCAUUUCAACAUAAAUAAUCUACACAAAAGUUGCAUUUUCUUUAAGACUUUUCUCAUCGUACAAGAUUUCAGAAUGUCCUCCAGUGCCAUGUCCACCUCAGAAGUAAACACAACCCUUAUACUGGUACUGGUUAACAGUAAGGGGUGAAAAUAUUCAAAUAUGGGACAGCCUUAAAUGGCAUGAUGUAUAGCCUUAGUUUAAUGAAAAUCAGAUAUUAUAAGUUAUUAUAGAGAACAGAUAUAUACACAGAUACUACUCCACCUUCCUGAUGGAAGUUAUGGACAUUAUGAACAAAACAGUAAAAAGUAUUAAGCACAUUUUAAUUUACAAAUGAUCAUAUUAUAAAAUACAUCUUGUAAUAAGAAUAUAUGAAUGAAUUACUACAUUAAAAAUUCAAAUUGUGAUGGCACUGUAUUUUUGUUAUCACAUAUUUUCUGAAUAGAAUAUAGCGAACUCAUCUCACAAUACCAAUGAGUUAUAUGUUUGAAAUAUUUCAUGUCUAAAACAAAAGCAGGUACAUGUAUUUCUCAUCGACAUGUGCAUUAUGCAUAACUGAAAUAUAUGAACAUGAAAAGUAUAAAAUGUAUGUAACAUUUCUGACCAAUUCUGAAACUCAGUUAUACAUGAAUAAAAUUAGGUUCUUAAUAUUAACGGCUACUGACAUGAAGCAUUUACAGUUUCAUUCACCAGGACAAAGAAAAUAAAAAGAAAAAUUUCAAAUUUAAAAGAAAACUUGAAUCUAACAUUGCUUCAAAAUGAAUGUGUAGUAAAUUCAAAAGUUUAACUAAUCAAAUGGUGAACAAAAUGGCCUCAGUUUAGCAACUAGACUCAAUUAUGGCACCUUGUACUUCACAGUUAUAUUUAAAAAUAUACACAAUUUCAUCUCUUCCUAGUAACAUAUUCUUUAAUUCAGUUUUACAAGACCCAUAAUUACAAUUCUGGCAAGGAACAAAAUCUUCAGACACAUACAUACUAAUAACUUCGUUAUAAUAUUAAUUGAAAUUAUAUUACCAUGAUCAGAAUCUAAAUAUGACUUAGAAGACUGAAAUUUUGUCCACUCAGUAAUAAAUAUAAUUUAUAAUACUUUUAAACACUAGGAUGUUCUACAAUCAACAUCUUAUCACUAAAUGACUUAACAAUCUAUGCUUAUGUUAAGAUUGCAAAAACAAACCUUCAGCAGUAUAAAGCCAGUGUUAGAGAACACAACAAAUUUGAGAGACACGUUAUAUAUAAAAUAAACUAGGGCUCUAUCAAAGUUAACAACACAAUUUCUGGACACUGCAGCAACAACCAUCACUGAUAUCAAAAGUUUCAGAAUAUUUUCAUUUAAAUUGUUGCACAAUAUCACAGACAAACCUACAUAGCAUGUUUAUUAGUAAACAGACUGGUCUACAGGUAACGUUCUAGACUUGUGUUUGGGAGAUGCCCAGCUCAAGCUGGCACACUGGAUUGCCUGACAGGAAUUUCACGGCUUUCCUCAGUCCCUCCAAAUUUAACUUGUUAUAAUUAACAUUAAGCUGUAAGGGCUCUUAUAUGAAGCUUGUGAAGGCUUGCAUUUCUAGAUUCUUACAAUUGUUCAAGGUACUUGUCUGGUUUGUGUUCCUUCCUCCCUCUACCACCCACUGUAUAUCAGAAUUGCAUACCUAGUGGUACAGAGAAGAAUACUGAAGAAGACUGAACCAUGACUGCAUGGCUCAAAGCUACGUAUUUUGAGUAAAUGUUACAAAAUCACGGCAUGGCAGAAAUUGAAAUAACUUGCUUGUGUACAACAGGAGAAGAAAAGUCAACAAUAUUCUGUCCCUAAAUUCUGUUUAAAAUAUUUUUAGCCUGACGAAAUCCGCAGUUAUAAGAGAAAGAUAAAGAGGGUUCUUAUUAUAUUGUAAUGUGUCUGGAAUCCAGAAGAGUCACUUCUAUGGAAACGCUAGAACAGACUGUUGCAUAAGAAACAACAUUCGCUCUACUGUAGUUCUAACAGGAAUCUCCGCAGGUUACGACGAAGGCGACAGAGUUUGGCUCUAUCGCCCAACCCGAAAGAAAGGGAAAUCGUCAAAACUACAAGCAUCAUGGGAGGGUCCUUACAAAAUAGUGACCCGGAUAAAUGAUGUGGUAUACAGAAUC